CAAGCUCAUCCAUCACUCGUGGUCUUCCCGUGAAGCUGCCAUGGAGCACAAGGUGAUCUGUGUCCUCGCUGUGGUCCUCAUGCUGGCCUUCGGCAGCCUUGCCCAGGCCCAGGCCCAGGCCCAGGCCCAGGAAGAAACAUGUAUCAUGGCCCCCCGGGAGAGGAUAAAUUGUGGCUUCCCCGGUGUCACCGCCCAGCAGUGCACGGAGAGAGGUUGCUGUUUUGAUGACAGUGUCCGGGGAUUCCCGUGGUGCUUCCACCCCAUGGCCAUCGAGAACACUCAAGAAGAAUGUCCCUUCUAAGGUCCAUCCUGAGAGAACUGGCUACAUCAAGACUUGGCACCCUCCACCUGGGCACUGGAGCCACCUGGCCCACCUGCUACAUACACACCUAUUCUGUGGCUGGAUCUGGCUGGUGACACAGUUCAACCCCUCAGACUUUUAGUCCUCGAAUUCGGCCUGAGAAUUAAAAGAGAUGAAUGUUA